CUCCGGGCGCCUGGGCAGACCGCGAGCGAGAGCGCCCCCGAGCAGCACCCGCGCCCUCCGCGCCUCUUCCGCAAGGACUUCGAGCGAAGGACGCCCGCAGCCCGCCCGCCGCCCCGGCCCUCGCCUCGCUGCCCGCCCGGCCCACCACACCGCCGCCGCCACCAGCCGCUCCGGGCCUGUCCGCUGCGCACCAGCUUGUUGGCGCCUUUGCCGCCGCUCUCGCCCCGGCUCCUCCUGCGCGCCACAAUGAGCUCCCGCACGGCCAGGGCGCUCGCCUUCGCCGUCACCCUUCUCCUUUUGACCAGGCUGGCGCUCUCCACCUGCCCCGCCGCCUGCCACUGCCCCCUGGAGGCGCCCAAGUGCGCGCCGGGAGUCGGGCUGGUCCGGGACGGCUGCGGCUGCUGUAAGGUCUGCGCCAAGCAGCUCAACGAGGACUGCAGCAAAACGCAGCCCUGCGACCACACCAAGGGGCUGGAAUGCAAUUUUGGCGCCAGCUCCACCGCUCUGAAGGGGAUCUGCAGAGCUCAGUCAGAGGGCAGACCCUGUGAAUAUAACUCCAGAAUCUACCAGAACGGGGAAAGCUUCCAGCCAAACUGUAAACAUCAGUGCACAUGUAUUGAUGGCGCCGUGGGUUGCAUUCCUCUGUGUCCCCAAGAACUGUCUCUCCCCAACUUGGGCUGUCCCAACCCCCGGCUGGUCAAAGUCACCGGGCAGUGCUGUGAGGAGUGGGUAUGUGACGAGGAUGGUGUCAAGGACCCCAUGGACGACCAGGACGGCCUCCUCGGCAAGGGGCUGGGUUUCGAUGCCUCGGAGGUGGAGUUAACGAGAAACAAUGAAUUAAUUGCAGUUGGAAAAGGCGGCUCGCUAAAGCGGCUCCCUGUUUUUGGAACGGAGCCUCGCAUCCUAUACAACCCUUUACAUGGCCAGAAAUGUAUAGUCCAAACAACGUCAUGGUCGCAGUGCUCAAAGACCUGCGGAACUGGUAUCUCCACACGAGUUACCAAUGACAACCCUGAAUGCCGCCUGGUGAAAGAAACCCGGAUCUGUGAGGUGCGGCCUUGUGGACAGCCAGUGUACAGCAGCCUGAAAAAGGGCAAAAAAUGCAGCAAGACCAAGAAAUCCCCAGAACCGGUCAGGUUUACUUACGCUGGAUGUUCGAGCGUAAAGAAAUACCGUCCCAAGUACUGUGGUUCCUGCGUGGACGGCCGGUGCUGCACACCCCAACAGACCAGGACUGUGAAGAUGCGGUUCCGCUGCGAAGAUGGGGAGACGUUUUCCAAGAACGUUAUGAUGAUCCAGUCCUGCAAAUGCAACUACAACUGCCCACAUGCCAACGAGGCAGCAUUUCCCUUCUACAGGCUGUUCAAUGACAUUCACAAAUUUAGGGACUAACUGCUACCUGGGUUUCCAGUGCACGGGGUGACAAACAAGGGAGAAGAGUGCCAGAAUCACGGAGACAUGGGUGGGGGCGGUGUGGGUGAAGGGACUCAUUGUAGAAGGGAUGCCUUGCUCAUUCUUGAGUAGUAUUAAGGUAUUUCGAAACUGCCAAGGGUGCUGGUGCAGAUGGACACUAAAUGCAGCCGCGAUUGGAGAAUACUUUGCUUCAUAGUAUUGGAGCACGUUACUGCUUCAUUUUGGAGCUUGUGAUGUUGAUGACGUUCUGUUUUCUGUUUGUAAAUUAUUUGCUAAGCGUAUUUUUCUCUAGGCUUUUUUCUUUUUGGUUCUACAAUUAAUUGUAAAAGAUAAUAAGAUUAGUUGGACAGCUAAAGCCUUCAUUCGUCCUUUGACAGAAGUACCUGGGAAGGCAUUCCAUUCCUUCCUGAAAGGGACACUCCGUGAGUGUCCGUGAGAGGCAGCUAUCUGCACUCUAAACUGCAAACAGAAAUCAGGUGUUUUAAGACUGAAUGUUUUUAUUUAUCAAAAUGUAGCUUUGGGGAGGGAGGGGAAAUGUAAUACUGGAAUAAUUUGUAAAUGAUUUUAAUUUUAUAUUCAGUGAAAAGAAUUUAUUUAUGGAAUUAAUCAUUUAAUAAAGAAAUAUUUACCUAAUA